UUUACGUGCGUAAGCAUCAGCGGCGGCGGUGGCGACGGCGGCACAUGGCUCAGGCUGCUGUUUACGUUCUUGAUUGCGUGUCAGAAGAAAGACACCGCGAUUGGAUCGCUUUUAAUUAAAGGGCUGUCAGAGUCAUAUUUUUCGGGAGCAAUUAAAGGGGACGUCAUCGAGUCAACGAGAUUCUAUACUGUGCGUUUUCUCGUCGCUCUCAUCCACUGUCUCUUUGUCUCAAUGUGGAACACGACGAUUAAAACACGCACCUGAACAAGAGGUAACACCGUGUGACAACACGGUCUGGUAUAAUAUCAAUCCAGCCAUGGUUAUCGUCAGUUAAUAAAAGCGAUUAAAAAGCUGGGUGGCAGAUGAAGAAGGGGGUUCUCGCGUCCCCGUGCGCUCUGGCUUGAUAUAGCUACCACGCACAGAGCAAUAAUUUGAUUUGACUCGCUGUGCGUGCGGUAGGCGGACCCCGAACACUCUUCACAUCCCACUUUUGAGAAGAUUACAAUUUACCGAGAAACACAUGACAUUCAGCUGGCUCGGAGGUAGUGGGACAGAGGGAGGACGACGCGCCACGGGGACGAGGCAGAGCCGAGCAGUGAGCGGAGGCAGCAGGAUCCGUGUGGAGAUAUUUGGAGUUGGAAGAGGACUGUGGUACUACUCCGGUCCCAAGAGGGAAGUAAAAGCAUCGGUCUCGGAGCAUCUAUCGAACCUUCGCACAGCCUCAUACGUCAACACAUUUCAGCAAAGGCGUUGUUAUUAAGCUGAGCAGAUAUGAGCGAGGACACACCAGCCGAGACUAUGGAGGUGAACGCUAUUCCUAAUGGGAAAGGCCACGAGCCUGGGGAAGAGAUCUCAGCGUCGGCCAAAACACCCUCAGCAGAGGACGGUGAAAACGAAUCUGUAGCGAAUAGUGCCCAGAAUGCUAGCCCUCACAGAACUGAAAACACAGAGGCCAACCUCCCAGAGAGCCAGGAGUUCUUAUCAGGCAUGGAGGACAAGAAGACAACACGCUUUACAGACUUUGAAGGAAAAACCUCAUUUGGGAUGUCUGUCUUCAACCUGGGCAAUGCGAUCAUGGGAAGUGGAAUUCUAGGACUCGCAUACGCCAUGGCCAACACAGGGGUCGUCCUGUUUUUGGUUCUCCUAACAGUAGUAGCAGUCCUUUCAUCAUACUCCAUCCAUUUACUGCUAAAGUCAUCUGGUAUAGUAGGUAUUCGUGCAUACGAGCAGCUCGGCUACAGGGCCUUUGGGACCCCGGGGAAGAUGGCGGCAGGUAUUGCCAUCACGUUGCAGAACAUUGGAGCCAUGUCCAGUUACCUUUACAUAGUCAAGUAUGAGUUUCCCCUGGUGAUCCAGGCGUUUCUCAAGGUGGACAAACCGGCAGGUGAAUGGUACCUGAACGGAAAUUACCUUGUGAUCAUCGUGUCUAUCGCAGUGAUUUUGCCGCUGGCUCUCAUGAAACAGCUCGGAUACCUGGGAUACACCAGCGGCUUCUCCCUGAGCUGCAUGGUUUUCUUCCUCAUUUCUGUUAUCUACAAGAAGUUCAAUAUCCCUUGUCCUUUCGUGGACUUCUCGUUCAACAGCACUAGCAGUGGGAUGAAUAUCAGUGCCAUGGAUCCUGGUGGGGAGGUUAACCCUUCCUGUGUUCCCAAAAUGGCCAAUCUCAACUCACAAACGGCCUACACCAUUCCCAUCCUGGCGUUCGCCUUUGUGUGCCACCCGGAGGUCCUCCCCAUCUACACAGAGCUGCGCAAUGCCACCAAGAAAAAGAUGCAGCAUGUGGCCAACAUCUCCAUUGCAGUUAUGUACAGCAUGUACUUCCUGGCUGCUCUAUUUGGAUACCUAACUUUCUAUGGUGAAGUGGAAGCGGAGCUGCUCCACACCUACAGCCGCAUUGACCCAUACGACACUUUGAUUCUGUGUGUGCGUGUGGCUGUGCUCACUGCCGUCACACUCACCGUGCCGAUCGUGCUCUUUCCCGUGCGGAGAGCGAUCCAGCAGAUGAUGUUUCCCAACAAGACCUUCAACUGGCCUCGCCACAUCGCCAUCGCCUUCGUUCUGCUCACGUUCAUCAACCUGCUGGUCAUCUUUGCACCCAACAUCCUGGGCAUCUUUGGGAUCAUCGGUGCCACAUCUGCCCCUUGUCUCAUCUUCAUCUUCCCUGCGGUCUUCUACAUUCGUAUUGUACCCAAAGAAGAGGAGCCGCUGCGCUCAGUCCCCAAAAUCCUGGCUGCCUGCUUCGCUGGGAUCGGUGUCCUGUUCAUGAUAAUGAGUCUGAGCUUCAUCAUCAUUGACUGGACAUCGGGCAACAGUAAAGCCAGCACCGGCCACUAGGCACCACCUCCUCUGUUGUUGUUUUUUUUUCUUUCAGGUUUUAUAUUGUCGAUUUAGUUCUCUGUGUUGUUACGUUACCGUUUUUUGCUUUGAAUCACAUUUGGUGUUGAAGACGCCCCAUCGUUUCCAUUUGAGAGUAUUGGCCACAGAGUCUGGGGUUUGAGACGGCUCUGUUAUACUGUACAUCCUGCCAAACAGUGACUGCACAUCCAGGCUAGUGAACUUUUCACGGAAAGCUGAUGAAUAAGCUAAGUGGCCAGGUGCAUAAAGAUUGAUAGUGACAAGUUGAGGCUGUGCCUUGUGAGGAGGAUGUGAAGUAACAAUGUAGAUAGCUGCUGGCUUCAUACACCUGUACCUUUGUUGAUUAAGAGCAUCUUCCUCCUCUCACUAUCCAUCAUUUAUGUGUUGACCUGCAAACUGCUACUUAGAUUGUCUGAAGCACUGCCCUUUCAACUGCCCAAUGAAAUUUGUUGACAAUAUAUGAUUUUAAUGUCUAUUAUUAUUACUAUUAUUAUUAUUGUUAUUAUUAUAAUAAUUAUUAUUAUAAGUUAUUUAAAUUAUUAUAUAUUUUCUAUUAUGUGCACCUACAGAUGAAAGUUAUGGAAAAAGCUACUGUGCAGACGGGAGAAUAAGUUAAAGCAAUAGCUCAGCAUUUCAGCGUUAGAUGAAAAUAUGAACAGCACAUAAAUGCAGCUAGCGCACAGUUAGCUUAGCUGGACACGAAGUCUAAAAAGAAAAACAAACAAAAAAAAAAUUCCUUUAAGCUGCCUUCAGCUCCUGUUCCACUAACUUGUGCUGCUGCUGUUUAUUUCCCAUUUUUGAGGUGUUAACACUCUCACCUCCGACAGAGCAGGGUGCAAAGCCACGACGUGCGUGGCGAAUCGAGCACAUUUAUCAUUACAUUCCUACACAAUAAAGAUGCAGAUGUAUAUUUUUAUUAUUAAACGCUGCUUGAAAACCUCAGAUGAUGCAGUAUGGACUGACGGGGUGAUACUCAGCUCUUGCAAACUGAGGCCAUUGAUAUGACAGAGUCAGGGACAGAUUACACACCAUGUAAAAGAACGCCUUUAAUGUGCAAAGAGUUUCUCAGUAUUACUGUGUAAACUACACUGAUAAAUGGUACUGAAGACCUCAUCUGUAAGGCUAUAUAAAUCACAAUGAAAACUGACUCUUUGCUGGCCUUCUGAUUGGUCUGCUGACCACUAACUAGAUGACUCUUGCCUUUUUUCAAGUCCCAACUUCCUUUGUUACUGUUGCUAGGUUAGACAAACAAUAGCAAUGUCCCACUGAAAAAAUGUUGAAAAUCUGUACAAAAUUGAGGCUAGUGGUGAUUUGGAAUGUUAACAAUAUUAGCAGACAUUGGAAAUCACUUGUAGGCUGAAAUACAUUUAUUAUGAGUUUUAAUGCUAACACAGGUCCGCAUGUUUUCAAUGAAUUUUCACACUAGCUAUUAUUUGUCCACCUGAGAAAUAGUUACAUACAAAGUCAGGACUUGACAAAGGCUAUGGGCCCUCUGGAUGGUGCUCAGUAGCACCAUCAGAAGACCAGUCUAUAGGGUCAACCUUGGGCAGGGAUGAUUUUUACCUGGAAGAUCGGACGUGUUGUUUCUGAACAUUUCCUGGAAGUAAUCAGAGGUAACCAAAACAGCUACAACAACAACAACAGGGUCACUUCCUGAAGUGGUUAGCAACAGUUUGGCGUCUGUAUAUAUUCCUGAGUCCAGCACAAGCUUGAUCCCUAACAGAAAUGACAAGACAGUGGGAAAUCUGUCUUGUUAACAAAAGAAAAAAAAAAAUGUAACAAAAAAUCCAUUAGCAAUAGCACUUUCCUUUGAUAAGCACAACCUCUCUUAGCCAUUAAUAAAGUGAAACAUAUUCAGUAGGUGUGACUCAAGGGCACGUCCCCCUUUUCUUUAAACGAGAUCUUUGAUCAGUCGCUCGAUCUAACGUAGUUGAUGCGUUACAAUACUAACGUAUCGGUGGUUGUCAGACAUUACUUGAAAUUAUUCCAUUAAAGUUUUCCCUGUGAGCCCCUGUGAUCAUCAUUUCUGGUCUGUUCUUUAGAUACUAAUUAGCUGGAUGUACUGUCGGAGGUUUUGAAGUGUCUGUGUUGUUUUUUUUUUAAAAAAGAAAACAUGGCUCCACUGUAUUUGAACUGUAGUACCUAUAUGCAUUUGUGUCGUGUAACCUUGAACCUAUGCUCUGAUGAGAACUAUAACUCAAGUGUUUGUUUUCUACCAUUGAUAGAUUAACUGGUUUAAACGUCGUGUUCAGUGUUGAUUCGAGCGUGUCAGUUGACAAAAUGCAAGAUGAUUGUUUUUUUUCUUACAUCUGUCUUUUAUAGUCAUUGGUAUGUCAUCUGUGGUGAAGACUUCCUUGCUGCUUCAUGGCAGACAGUCACCUACUAACUUGUUAAUGAGCUGGUGUUCCUGCCUGCAUUUCAUUAUUUUUAAUGAUAAAUUCUCUUACACCAGACUUCCAUAAGUGCUGUGUGGGUAACUGAAUAUUGUCCUUUUGUCUAUUUGUUAUACAACAAAUCUCUCCUAAUCCCCUUUUUAUUUCAUUGUAUCUCGAUAUUUGGUUGUCUUUAUGUAUCUGUAUACGGAGGAAUCAUCUGAAUAAGCCACUGAGUCAUACCUGAGGGGGGGCGUCGUUUACACACAUAUAUAUACAUAUAUAUAUAUAUAUAUGAAGGGGACACACACUCACACACAACCUCACAACAUAAUAAAAAUACAAGCAAACAUGAGGUGAUACACUAUGUUAGCGACUGUGUUAGUGGCUGAUCCAAGAUGAUCUGUGAGGACCUCUACUUAGGCCUCCGUGUUGCUAGUCUCUCUCUUUCUGUGAUUGAUGCACAUGUGUAUGAUUGAAGUGAGUAAUAUGAGUAACAUAUUAAAUAUUGGCCAGCAUUUAUAAAUAAUGUAUAUAAAUGUAUACCCUUUAUAUUCUAUAUUCAUAUCUAGUUUGUAUAAUGUAAAUAGCAAUUAAAGUUUUAGUCCAAUUAAAAAUAUCAGUGUAAUCAUUUUUAAAGUGCUUUUAAACCUUUUUGUCCUUUGAUUCAUGUCUAUUUUCUUGUAUCUCUAUAUAUUUUAAUAUGUUGCUGGCAGUUAUUGUACUGUAAACAAUGUUGCAAUAAAAAUAAUGGGGUAACAUAA